UGCGAACAGGAAGUGUCGCCCACUCAGCAGCGCAGGACGCGCAAAAAAGGACUCACAAAAUGGCUUUAAUGCGUAGCCCAGUGGAUACCUCUGGGACAUCAGUGACUGACAUGCAGGAGAACGCCUUGCAGGACACCCUACAGUCGGAAAUCAGAGAGAGCCAACUUGUGCAGUCGGGAAUCUCUACUGUAGCUGUAGCAACAGAUCACCUCGAGCUCCACAAUGAACAUGCUUCACUUCAGGGUGACACAAUACCUGAUGAGAUUCUUAAUGCUCUUACAUCAGCCGUUGGCCAAAGUAGCCCUCCAAAAUAUCCCAAGGGUGCCAGACCUAACACAGAUAUAAAGAGUCUUGGUCUGAAGGUCGCUGAUCAUGUGUGGCAUCAUCCAGUUCGACGCCACAAAUUCAAGUACAUGAUAGACCAGCCAGUCACCGUAUCCAGUGCUGGAAAGGAUAUUUCUUUCCUGUAUAAUGCUGUUUUGUUGAACCCUCUGUCUGCUGCAGGAAAAAGUGUAGGAACAAAAAAAGCUUCCACUGAGCCGAGUCUGCCUGAAAGUUUGAUUCCAGAGGAUUAUCACGUAGUCGAAAACAAAGGAGUUUUGGGCUUGAAAUAUUACGAAGAUAAAUACACUGUUCAUCUGGAAGAUCAGGAAAAAAGACUGAAGGCUUUCCCUUCCAUGAAACCCAGUGGGAGAUUAGAGGCCAUUCAGCUAAUGAAAACAAUGGACGCAAUGUUAUCCAAAGCUGGAGUAGAUGAGAGUCUUACUGAAGUUAAAGGACCAACAGAGAUGCAUAACCUGCUUGAUUUGAUCAAGACAGAGCAAAACAUCUACAAUAUUAUUUUCCAUGAGCUCAUUCGGCAGGUUUCUGUUGAAUGUGCAGAAAGAGGAGAAUUGCUGGCAAAACUGAGACAGAGGUACGUGAUGCUGCUAGACCGAGUUCCAAGGCAUCUGAAAGGCUUGUACAUGGAGACUCUAGCACAGAGAGCAUUUGACAGACAACUCACAGAAGAACUCAUUCAUUUCAAAACAUCCAUUGGACAACUAAACAAUGAGCUGACCCAAGUGAGACAGCAUGACCUGCGAGUGUCGAGAGAAGUGGAACAAGCUCAUGAGGAAAUGGCAGUGGCUCUAAAGGAGGCCAAGAGAAAUGCAGACCUUGUUGCAGAGUAUCAUGAGCUGUAUGAGCUGCAACGGCGCCGGCUUGAGGCACAAGUGUCCCGUCUUACUGAAGAAAGAGAUCUUUGGAGCCGAGUAACUUACAGUUUAGCAUUAAAGGUGAUUGAUAAGAACAAGCUUCAUUUGGCUAGGAAGCUGAACCUCAGUGAUAUUUCUUGGACAAGAAUUUCAUCUCAUUUUGCUGUGCUUUUGGCUUCAUCGGACACUGAAGACCUGAACAAGGUUAUACAGCUUGUAGAUAAGUGGAAGGAUCUUAUCUAUCAAUGUAAUAGAGAGCUUGAGCAAGCAUGGGACUCGGGCAGAGAGAAAAUAAAGCUUAUAGAAGCGGGCAUCACCAAGUGGCACGCUCACUUCAAUGAAAGCAAUUCAGCCAUGGAGCAACAAGGAUAUCAGAGGGGACCAGAAUUUCUGCUACUACAAGACCUUAAGCAGUGGGAGGAGAUGCUUACUGUUGAAUCCACACGCUAUGGGGGAGAAGAAUUGCUUUCUAAUCAGGAGAACGUCAAAACCAUGACCCAGCUCCAGCAGGAAUGGAAUGAGAUUCUUCUUACCAUACUGGGAAGACAUCCAAAUGUAGAACAGGAAAAUACCAGUGUGCGAGAAACUAUGAAGGAAAUUACCAGAAUAGUACAAGACUUGCACCAGCAACUAGGAAUUCAAAUCACUGGUGAAAAUGGUGCCUGUAGAUUUCUUGUGAGUUUAAUUAAUGACAUUGAGUCCUGGACAGCAAGACGUGCAAACACCAGUGGUGUGACUAGAAUUCCUCUCUACAGUGACUGUACAAAACUAUUUGAAUGUGUUUCUGAGUGGCUCAGAUUAUGGAAGGAAACCUUACAGGUGCCUAAAUCUCUUCAACAUGACAAAGACCAGCUGAAACCUAAUGUGCAUGGAAGUAUUGCUCCCCUUGAGGUAUUCCCCCGCCUUCAAGAUUUCUUGUCCGCUUUUUCAUACUUUGUGGAGUGCGAUAAUUCCAGACUUAGCGAAGAGGUAAAUACCUUACACAGCCGACUUACACAGUGGAUGGUGGACCUACUUCUUUAUGUAGUGCCUGACCGAGGAGACUUGCUGCCUUCUUCAGAUGAUAUCGAGCGAGAACAAGCCUGGCUAAAGCUAAAAGAUGAGUCGCAGACUCUAGCUCACGGUCUGAAUUUCUUUUCUGAAUUCUUAACAUGCUCAUGCAAGGGAAUUAUUGAAAACGUUGUUCAGGAGAGAAGAGCCAAAAAUGAAGAGAAUCCAGAACAAGAGCUACAUGAGCUAGAGAAAAUCCAGAAUGAAUGCAACGAUUGGAAGGAGACGUGCCAGAUCCUGUUGGUACAAAUUAAAGAUUCUCCAGCUACUCUCUCUGAAGCUGAGUCUAUGGUGACCGAGUCCAAAGCAGACUUGCCACCUUCCCAACCCACAGUAGCAGCAGAGUUGGAUAUUAAAUCAGAGGAAACCGAGAAGUCAUUUGAAGAAGUAGGUGAAUCCACAGACCAUGAAGCCAUCAAGGAGGCAUCUUGCAGCAAAGAAUCAAAGCAGGAGGAGGACGUCAUGGACUUUAAUGCCAAAGCUUUAAAAUUUAUUGCUCACGACUCAACCAUACAAGAGAAGCUUCUUAAGGAAGAUCUAAUUCCUGUAACAGAGAGUGAGGCGAUGGUUUCCCGACCUCAAACACCCAGGGCAAGAAGAGCCUUUGAAGCACUGGCUGCAGUUGAAAUUUUACAGCAUCAACUCUUGAAGGCGGAGGAGCGCGCACAGAAUGCAGAACAGCAAAUUGUUGACAUCAAUGAACGUCUGCAUGUGGCACAUGAGAAGAUCCAUGACUUGGAGCUACAGCUUAAAAGCAAAGGCAGCAAAGACAAUGCAGAUGAAAAGAGGGUUCCUUAGCAAAACUAAAUGACAUCAAGAGAGCAUGAAGCCUUACCUUUCAUCAUGGCAUCAUAGAUUUGGAUGCAGUAGGAAUGGAAGUACAUGGCUGGGCAGCAGAUAUGAAAAUGUAUAUGCUGGUUGUUAAGAAUGUCACACGCUCGUCAUUUCUUUUUUCCAUCCCAACCUAUUCCUUUCUUUAAGGAAUACAAGUUAAUAUGUUGUACUUGCUUCAAGACAAAACUUCCUGUGGGGGUCUGGCUACAUCCAUCACCAAGAAUAAAUAGGUAACGCCAUGUUUGGUUCUCAAGAGGAUGUAAAAUAGAAUUUGAAAACAACAAGUAUAAAAGAACACUUCCACGCAUUAGGAAAUGUCCUCAAAAGCACUCAAAUGUAAGCAAGACUCUGGGUUAGUCAGCGCAGAACAUCUGCUGCACAACAAAUCUGCAUGAUCAGCCUAUUAGAACACUGAAGACCAGCUUAAGAUGGAACAUUUCCAAAGAAAUCAGAAGAUAACGAGAUCAAACUUCAGAUGUGCAUCACUCGUGCAAGUCCAUGGGCUGCUAAACCUGCUCAAAACAUCAUUCUCACACUUAACACCUCCAUCUUAAUAAACAUACUGCUCAUGGAGUUGAUAAAGAUGUGGAAGAAAUUGGUCCCCCAAGGACCUCAGAGUCAGAAAUCAGACAGGAAGAAGCCUGUUCAUGCAUCUUAAAUUUCUCUUCAUGAAGAGGGGGCCCACGUUACAACCGUCUGUUAAGGGCAAGUACCACGAGCAGAGGUGUUAAGGAAUGGUCCCAGAGCAAAGACAGACCCACAUUUAUAGACAACUGAAUUUACAUAAGUGUUGAAUUAAUGCUUGCAUAUAACCUGACAUUUACUCUGAUUGGUUCAAAUGCUUACAUACCCAAAUAAACACACUUAAAUUAAAGUCUCAUUCCACUAAAUUCUUGUCCUUCUCAAUCUCUCAAGUUCAGCUCUUACCCUUUAAUGAAAUUUCUAGUACAUGACAUCAGCCAAUUUAUUAAACCAUCUCCUAGAACAGUGGUCCCAAACUCCGGUCCUGGAGGGCUGCAGUGGCUGCAGGUUUUCAUUCUAACCCUUUUCUUAACGAGUGACAUGUUUUUGUUGCUAAUAAAUUUUGUAUUGAAUUCAAAAGAAGUUAAACUAUAGGGUGAGUCAAAAUUGUGUUAGCACUAAAGGAUGAUUUUUAUCUCGACCACACAGGCUGUGGUGGACCAAUGCCAUGGCCUCCACACUCCACUGAUUUGACACCCUGUGAUUUGUGGUUAUUGGGUAUAGCAGGAAAGUCGCGAUAUCAAUGACCUGAAGGAUAGCAUACGGACUGUGGUAUCAUCAAUUCCACGUGAAAUGUGUGUCUGGGCUUUAAAUGGUACUGUUGCUCGUUGGUUUUUAUGUGUUGAACAGGUUUGAGACAUUCCUGUAAAU